ACUUUAUGCAACGUGCAUCUUUUUCUUUUAUCACAUUAAAUGUGAUGUGUAUCUCAUUGCUAAGAAUUGUUUUAUUUAUCGGCAAAGAAUUUCAUUUAUAAGAAGGAUAGUAAAAAGAAAGUUCAUUGCUAAGAAUUAUCGGCAAACAUAUUUCUAUCAUCCCCGGGUAACGGAGGGAUGAGAGGAGCAGUCGGCGGCGGCGGCCGCAGAGGGAUGUUCGGCACAGUUCAAAGGGCGGUCAAGACUGGUGUCGUCGGUGGAGCAACCGACGACUACGACAACGCUAGUACCACUUCCACCACCAGCAGCACCACCCCCAAACCCACGUGUGUAAUCAACCGCCUCUCUCUCUCCUCUUCGUAUGGUCCCCCGAUAUCUCCCACCUGGCACCCUUCUUGCUCUUCCCCGACCUGUUGGGAUGAGUUUGAGUGGGUAUACGUAGACGGGGCCGAAGAUGAAACGUCAUCGUCUUAUGGGUUCAACGAUGAUUUUGUGUUUCGGCCAGUUCCAUCAAAGGACGAGGUUCAAAACGCGGUCCUUUCUAUUCAGCAGGUCCUUGACCCGACCUCCUUUUCAAAGUUCAUCAAGGGAAGACUUCCUUAUAAUUCAGACAAUGAUGUUGCGGAAGAAAUUGCAAGUCCAAGGAUGAACAGAGUUUCUUCGGUUGGUCAAGAAUUAGAUUGGAUUGAACCCUCAUUCCAUCUCUGUAAUCCAAGGAUGUUACAGUAUCGUGGAUGUGACAGAGUUUACAAUGCUUUCCAUCUAUUGCAUACUGACCCUUCUAUUCAGAUGAUGGUGAUGUCAUUGUCCUCUGAUAAAGCUGUUUGGGAUGCUGUUUUGAACAACGAGGUGGUACGGGAGCUCAGGGAGUCACUUAUUAAAGCAGACAGAAGUGUUCCUGAGAACCAAAGUGACAGUGUUCCUGAGAACCAAAGUGACAGAUCUGAUGUCUUCAAUGCAGCAGCAGACAUACUCAAUUGGAUUUUUAAUAAUACUAAGGCUGAAGUGUUGAAACUAAUGGAGAAAAUUACAAAGCUAGUUAAUGGGUUGUUUCAAUCUCGCGAGGAUGAGACAACAGGAGGAGCCACAGAGCCAAUUGAGGGAAAGCUCCAAACUUCGCUGAUGCUCACAAUUGUGGUCUUGUUGAUUGUGGUUGUGACUCGAACCAGUAUGGCUCGACCGCCUUGACCUUAAUCUGUCGAAAUGACACAUGAAGAUACUCCAGAAGGUUACUUUUGGAUUUGGCAGGUUUUGUGUAUAUAUGGUUGUUGUAUUACUAGAAGGCUGUGUUUGGUGGAAAAAGUUAAUGUCAGGCAUUGCUUCUUGUGCAAAGCCUUAGGCGUUGUUGGUUUCCAAAUUUUACUUUGUUUUAACUUUCUUUUCCAAUCAUUACUCUAUAUCUUUCUCUAAUCAUUAUCCUAUUUCUCCAAUUAUUAA